AUGAAUUAUUUUUCUGUAAUUUGUUUUUUGUUUCUAUAUAGCUUUGCCACAGCAAAGGUAUAUUUUGAAGAAACAUUUUCAGACGAUUCUUGGGAAAAAAAUUGGGUUUAUUCCGAACACCCAGGAAAAGAGUUUGGAAAAUUUGUAUUAAGCGCUGGAGAGUAUUAUAAAGAUGCAAGCAACAAAGGUAGGAAUAAAAUAAAUCUGAAAAAUAAAAUAAUGCAAAGUAUCAAAACUUCUCAAGAUGCUAGAUUUUAUGCUUUGUCGAGAAAGUUCACUCCAUUUUCAAACAAAGAUAAACCACUUGUAGUCCAGUUUUCAGUAAAACAUGAACAAAACAUUGAUUGCGGUGGUGGUUACCUAAAAGUAUUUGACUGCUCAUUAGAUCAAAAAGAUAUGCAUGGAGAGUCUCCAUAUCUUAUAAUGUUUGGGCCAGAUAUAUGUGGACCUGGAACUAAAAAAGUUCACGUCAUAUUCAACUACAAAGGAAAGAAUCAUUUAAUUAAUAAAGAAAUCAGGAGUAAAGAUGAUGUAUUGAGUCACUUGUACACACUCAUUGUAAAACCGGACAAUACUUAUGAAGUACUCAUUGACAAUGAAAAAGUUGAAUCUGGAGAAUUAGAAAGUGAUUGGAACUUUUUGCCACCCAAAAAAAUCAAGGAUCCAAAUGCCAAAAAACCUGAAGACUGGGAUGACAGAGCUACUAUCGAUGAUCCAAAUGACAGUAAACCGGAUGACUGGGACAAGCCUGAACACAUCCCUGACCCAGAUGCUGUUAAACCUGAAGAUUGGGAUGAUGAAAUGGAUGGAGAAUGGGAACCACCACAAAUUGAUAAUCCCGAUUACAAAGGAGAAUGGAAACCAAAGCAAAUUGACAAUCCAGAUUAUAAGGAUGCAGAUCACGAUGAACUGUGA